AUGUUAGCUGCUUGGAACAUUAAGGGGCUGAACAAAGCUGAUAAGCUUAGGGAGAUUAGCUCCCAUCUCCUAAAGCUACAGCCUGAUAUUAUUGUUCUUAUUGAAACUAGAGUCAAGGAAAGUAAAGCUUCUAUGAUAAGGAAUAAGCUAGGAUUCAAAGGUAACUACAUUGACAACUAUUGCCAUCAUGGUAAUGGAAGAUUGUGGGUUGAGUGGAAUCCAAAUAAAGUCAGUGUGAGACAUGUAAGUAGCUCGAGCCAGUUUAUUCAUUGUAGUGUGUAUGCUAUUGAUGGUAGUUUUAAUUACUGGAUGACUGCCAUAUAUGCACAUAAUAAGCUGAUACAUAGAAAGAAACUUUGGAAGGAUUUGGAGGAUAUCGAUAAGAAUCAAACUGGACCCUGGUGUACUGUUGGUGAUUUCAAUAAUGUGAUGUCAAGCCAGGAUAGGAUUGGUGGGAACACAGUUACUGAAACAGAAUAUGAGGAUCUAAAUAUUAUGGUGGAGAAUACAGGGCUAGGAGAAAUGGAUAGCAAGGGUGAAUUUUACACCUGGACAAAUAAGCAAGCCAAUAACCCCAUCUACUCUCGUAUUGAUAGAUUGUUGGCUAAUGCUGAAUGGUUCCACACCUAUAAUCAAGCUACCCUCACGAUCCUUCCCCCUCAUGUCUCAGAUCAUGCAAUGUUGUAUCUGCAAAUGCCUACAGCUCCUGGUGGUAAGAAACAAUUUAGAUUUAACAAUUGUUGGGUUGAAGCUAUAAGCUAUCUUGAGUGUGUGGAAAGAAACUGGAACCAGCCUGCUAGAGGCCCUCCUAUGCAGAAACUAUGGUUCAAGUUUGAGAGACUGAAACCUGAUUUGUUGAAGCUGCAGAAACAAACAAAUGAUAUUCAGAAUAAAAAGACUAAGGCAAGGGAACUGUUGGACCAGGCUUAUGAAGAACUUAGGUGUCAUAAAAUGGAUCCUAACAUUAUUGCUUUGGUAAAGACCAAGACUGAAGAAUUGCUAUACUGGAAUGAGAUAGAGGAAAAAAUGCUACAACAAAGAACUAAAAUUGAUUGGAUCAGGUUAGGGGAUGGAAAUAAUGCUUAUUUCCAUGCUUGUGUAACACCCUUCUAA